AUGGUCCAGGGUUCAAUCCCCUGUCUGGUCACUUUUCCAACGGAAGGCAUCGAAGCUUUGGCUGAUGCUAUCGCGACAGCGUUCUCGGACGCCUGGCUUGCCCAUUUGACCGAGUCCAAACCUACCAAGCGCUCCAAGUCCUGGUGGACAGACGAGUGCUCGGAGACAUUCGGAGUAUAUCAGUUGAGCCGUUCGCUCGCUGAUUACAACAAGUUUAAGAAGGCGUGUAAGGACGCCAAACGUGAUUUCUUCAAUGAACGUAUUGCAGAAAUCGCUACCUCUCGCAAGCGCCUCGGUGCUCGAUGGCAGCCCGCUCGCUAUCUACAAACACGUACACUACUUGGCCUGGGUACUAAGUAA